AAGAUCUCGCCGCUUCGCCUGUACGUCGACCAGGACGCGCUCGACUUCCUCAAGGCGUUUGGCGCGUUCGAGCUGUCGUCGGCGGGCAAGGCGCCAGCGAGCGCUCCCUCGAGCUCGCCCUCGCAAGAGCCCUUCUACCAGCGCGUCGAGGUCCUGCCUGUCAAGCUCAAGCUCGACUACAAGCCCAAGCGGGUCGACUACAACGCGCUCCGCAGCGGCAAGACGGCCGAGCUCAUGAACUUCUUCCACUUUGACGGGUCCGAGAUGACGCUUAGGCACCUCGUCGUCAACGGCAUCUCGGGUACGACGACGCUGUCGUCGCUCGUGCAGGACAUCUGGACGCCGGACGUCAAGGCGCACCAGCUCGCCGACGUCAUCAGCGGCAUCGCGCCCGUGCGCUCGGUCGUCAAUGUCGGCGCGGGCAUGGCCAACCUCGUCCUGCUCCCGAUCGAGCAGUACCGCAAGGACGGGCGCGUCGUGCGCGGCCUCCACAAGGGCGCGAGCGCGUUCGCGCGCCAGACGACGCUCGAGGCCAUCAACGUCGGCGCCAAGCUCGCGACGGGCACGCAGGUCAUCCUCGAGCAGGCCGAGCACGUCCUCGGCGCGAGGUUCGCCGCGCCGCUCGCGCUCGAGACGGUCGCGGCUUCGUCUUCCUCGUCGUCGGCAUCGGCAUCGGCGGGUGCGGCACACGGCGACGGCGAAGCGCUCGUCGUCGGCGAGGAGGGCCUGUCGGACGAGGAGCGGCGCGAGGUGCGCAGCCGGUACGCGUCGCAGCCGGCCGAUCUGCGUCAAGGGAUGCAGAGCGCGUACAAGAGUCUCGGAGAGAACUUCAAGGAGGCGGCCCAGACGAUCCUCGCCGUGCCAAUGGAGGUUUACGAGCGGUCCGGGACCGAGGUGCGUCCCCUCUCUCUCUUUCGAUCUCUCUUCGCCGAUCUCGCCGCUGACUCCUCGCUUCCAAGCAGGGCCCCGUUCGCUCGGUUGUACGUGCCGUGCCCGUCGCCGUCCUCAAGCCAAUGA